CUAUGAAGGAAGAGGAAGGAAAAAAUAUUUCCUUCGACGUGAACAAAAACAAAUGAGAUGAUAGCAGUGCAAGAGUUUGUUCGAGAAACAUGGGAGGAUUUCAAAUCACCUACAACCUCCACCUUCACCAGCAAAAUGGGGGUCUGCCGUCAGACGGUAGCAAAUCUGGAGGAA